AUGACAUCCAGAAACCUCAACAAGACCUGGCGCGACGUUAUCUUUGAACAGUACGAAGCAGACCACGCAGCUGACGUCCUCUUCCCCAUCACCUACUUAAUCAAUGCCAAGGAGUGGAAAAAAGAUAUAUUUAUUGAGAUUCCCACCAAGAUCGACGUGCCCGUUUUCCGUCAAGCCCUCCUCCACGCCGUUCGGUCAAGACUCCGUCUAGACGACCCGGCAUACGAAGACGAACUAAUCAAGAUCCGAGCACGGGUUUCUGGUCGUCGAGAUGAUGAUGUUCCCGCGCAAGAUGUCACUGGCCAGCCUGAGUCUAGUACUGCUGGCAACGGCGGCUAA